AUGAAUGCUGCGGGAUGCUGCACGGCGAUUUGCUUGCAGGGAUGCGGGCAGGGAUGCUUGCAGGGCAUGCCUGCACGGGACUGCUGCAAGGAUGCUGAGGCGAUGCUGCAGGGAUGCUGUCAGGGAGCUGUGGGGAUGCGCGGGGGGAUGCUGCAGGGAGGCUGCAGGAUACUGCAGGGACUGCGACAUGAUGGCUGCGGGAUGCUGCAGGCGAUGCUGCAGGGAUGCUGCAAGGAUGCUUGCAGGGAUGCUGCAUGGGAUGCUAGCCAGGGAUGCUGCAGGGGAUGCUGCUGGGGAUGCUGCAGGGGAUGCUCGCAGGGCAUGCUGCAGGGAAAAUUCAUGCAAGGGCAUGCUGCAGGGAUGCUGGAGGGAUGCCUGCCAGGAAUUGCUGCAGGGAGGAUGCGGGGAUGCUGA